AUGAAUGAAAUCCAGCCCAGUUCACUCUUCAGUGGGGACUCGUACCAAACAUUACCAAACAUUAGAACCAACCAAAUCAGAAAUCUCUCGUCCGACAAGAGAAAUCUCGCCGCUGCGCCUUAUCGUCCAUCCACCUUGGCCGAGGAGGAGGAUGCAGGCACAGGUGGCAUCGUCUUCCCGGGCCAUUCGAAAAUCCGACACCACCAUCCUGAUGCAAUUCCUCUCGAUCCCCACCGCCUCCUCGCCUACUCCCAGGCUCUUCAAGCCCGUGGCCUCUUCGGCCUCCUUCCGCCGCCCCUCUCCACCGACGCCUCCGGCCCCAAGACCCUCGCCGCCGCCCCCGCCGCCUCCUCCUCCCGCAAACCCCCUCGCCUCCAAGCUAUGGCUGACGAGCAAGCUGUCCCCACCGCCUCCUUCGCCAGUGUCGCUCGAGAUGGUGGAGGAGCCUCCGCCCCGCCGGAGCCGGAGCCGGAGCCGGAGCAGGAGGCGGCGGCGCUGCGGCAGGAGGACUUCCGGCAGAAGGGCAAGGUGUUCGUGGGGAACCUGCCGCUGUGGGCGGGGAAGCCUGAGAUCACGGAGUUCUUCCGCCAGUUCGGGCCCCUGGAGAAGGUGGAGCUGGUGCGGGGCCACGACGACCCCGAGCGCAACGUCGGCUUCUGUUUCCUCUACUACGGGGGCGACGACCCGGAGACCGCCGCGGGGCGGGCCGUGGAGGUGGACGGGGUGGAGUUCCGGGGGAAGUCGCUCACCGUGAGGCUCGACGACGGGAGGAAAGGGAGGGCCAGGGCGGAGGAGCGGGCGCGCUGGGUCGAAGCUGGGGUGGCCCGGGAGGCUCGCUCACCGUGGCACAAGGGCAGGGAGGACGCGUGCCGCGAGUUCCGGAGAGUGCUGGAGUCGCGGCCCGAGAACUGGCAGGCUGUCGUCUCUGCUUUCGAGCGGAUUCCCAAGCCAUCAAGGAGGGAAUUUGGUCUGAUGGUUGUGUAUUAUGCCAAGCGAGGUGAUAAGCAUCACGCUCGUGCAACAUUUGAGAACAUGAGAGCAAGAGGGAUAGAGCCCAAUGCGUUUGUCUUCACAAGCCUUGUUCACGCUUAUGCAGUUGCUAGAGAUAUGCGUGGGGCAAUGUCAUGCAUUGAGGAAAUGAAAUCUGAAGGCCUCGAAAUGACAGUUGUUACUUAUAGUAUCCUUAUUGCAGGAUAUGGCAAAACUAACGAUGCUCAAUCUGCAGACAAGUUGUUCAAAGAGGCUAAGACCAAGCUCGACAACCUAAAUGGAAUCAUAUAUAGCAACAUUAUACAUGCUCACUGCCAAUCUGGGAAUAUGGAUCGAGCUGAAGAGCUGGUCCAUGAAAUGGAAGAGGAUGGAAUUGAUGCUCCUAUCGAUGUUUAUCACAGUAUGAUGCAUGGAUAUACUGUCGUCCAUGAUGAAAACAAAUGUCUAAUUGUGUUUGAAAGGCUGAAGCAGUGUGGCUUCAAACCAUCUAUAAUAUCUUAUGGUUGCCUUAUUAAUCUGUAUGUUAAGAUUGGGAAGGCUCCGAAAGCCUUAGCUAUUAGCAAAGAAAUGGAAUCACAUGGCAUCAAACAUAAUAACAAAACUUACUCUAUGCUGAUCAAUGGAUUUAUCCAUCUGCAUGACUUUGCAAAUGCUUUUAGCAUUUUCGAGGACAUGAUAAAAUCAGGUUUGCAGCCUGAUCGUGCCGUAUACAAUUUGCUGGUUGAAGCAUUUUGUAAGAUGGGAAAUAUGGAUCGAGCUCUUCGCAUAUUUGAAAGAAUGCAGAAGGAACGAAUGCAACCAUCAAAUAGAACAUUCAGGCCUAUCAUAGAAGGAUUUGCAGUUGCUGGAGAUAUGAAAAGGGCUCUCGAUACCCUUGACCUAAUGCGGCGAAGUGGUUGUGCUCCUAAUGUAAUGACUUACAAUGCUCUCAUCCAUGGGCUAAUUAGAAAGCACCAGGUUGAAAGAGCUGUUUCUGUACUUGACAAGAUGUCUUUUGCUGGCAUUGCACCAAAUGAGCAUACAUACACAAUCAUUAUGAGAGGCUAUGCUGCUAGUGGAGAUAUUGGGAAGGCUUUUGAGUAUUUCACCAAAAUCAAAGAGAGUGGCCUAAAGCUCGAUGUGUACAUUUAUGAAACAUUGUUGAGAGCCUGUUGCAAAUCAGGAAGGAUGCAAAGUGCCUUAGCAGUUACAAGAGAGAUGAGCUUUCAGAAGAUACCAAGGAAUACAUUUAUAUAUAAUAUUUUGAUUGAUGGUUGGGCUCACAGAGGAGAUGUCUGGGAGGCAGCAGAUUUGAUGAAACAAAUGAAAGAGGAUGGAAUCCCUCCUAACAUCCAUACAUUUACCUCCUACAUAAAUGCAUGCUGCAAAGCAGGAGACAUGCAGAGAGCGGAAAAUGUGAUUCAAGAAAUGGCAGAUGUUGGAUUGAAACCGAAUGUCAAGACGUUUACCACAUUGAUUAAAGGUUGGGCUAGAGUGUCACUGCCAGAUAGAGCGUUGAAAUGCUUUGAGGAGAUGAAAUUGGCUGGGCUUAUGCCUGAUGAAGCUGCUUAUCAUUGCUUGGUGACCUCACUUCUCUCAAGGGCAACUGUGAUGGAGGGAAGCACCUACACGGGAAUCUUAAGUGUCUGUAGGGAAAUGUUUGAGAAUGAUUUGACUGUUGACAUGCGCACUGCUGUUCACUGGUCAAAAUGGCUUCACAAGAUUGAGAGGACGGGUGGUGCGCUAACAGAAGCACUUCAGCGAAUAUUUCCACCUGAUUGGAACUCAUCAGAAAAUUUGGAGGCUUCGAGUUCUGUAAGUGACGGAGAUUCUGAAUCUUGCAGUGACUCAGAGUUUAGUGAUAAUGAUGAGGAUCAUGAUGAUGACUUGUGA